GAUGUGUGUCCGAUGGUUUGUUCGCUGAACUGGACAAUUUGGUUGCAAGCGUUUCAUCACCAAUCGAAGUUCGUACUUCACCGACCCAGAAACGCACAGGAGUAUAUUUCCGUCAACCUGUGGAAGAAAAUACCAAUGAAGAGGAUGUGGACACAGGAAACAGAAUUUCAGAUGCACGAAAUUUCGACCAGUACUGGGAACCGACAACUCAACGCGAAGAACUAUUGAUAGCAGGACACAACCAAAGCAAAGUGACACCACACAUAUCAACGUGUCCGGUCAAAUUAAUGUUUACCU